ACUUAAGCGCCGCAAGCAGCAACACAACGUUCAUCAACGGCUUAAAACGACAAUUAGACUAAGUGAUGUUCCUUGCUUUAACACUGUUGCUCCUGAGCAGCGUCGCGCAUGCGCACGCCGAGUGUGUGCUGCACUUCCACGACAACUUGCCGGUGGUAAUGAAAACGGACGGUGUCCAUCGUGUCAUGUACGCGCAGGAAGAGGGCUCCAUCAAGCUUAAUGAAACGGACGAAGUGGAGGUGCACUGCUUAACCGGGAUUUUUAUUCAAACGAAAUUGAAUGGGAGCCCGCAGAAUAGCAAUAUCGAUGGCAGUAAACAAUUUAAGUGCCACAAAGGCUAUCGACUGUAUUAUAGAAAUGCGAAUUCCAGCAUUUACAAGGAUACGAACGUGAAUUCCAUGUAUGUGCACUGCCAGGAUGCGUGGACGCUAACGCUAUACGAGAGUGGCACGAAAUUGCCGAAAUGCAUGCAGUACAUGAACUAUGCCAUGGGUCUUGCUGUGCCGAAUGUGAAGGAUAUCAUAUCGGCGGGCAUGUGCUAUGAUCUCGACACACUCGCGCUCAAAUACGUUAACUACGUGGCCUACCGGCCUAAGUAUGGUGAAACCAUCAAUUUAAACAGUUCGGCGUUAAGCCAAAAUCAAUUGACUGUAGAUUUCAAAACGAAACUCGGCAAUCUCAAUACAUAUUUUUCUUUUAUGAGUCAGACCGAGUUUAAUCAGCAAUUGGACAAUGUCAAGCGAACAGUGCCGAUAUUGGAGACAUACAACUUUGACUAUGUUAGCCUGCUGCAGGAUAUGCCGCUUCAGGCCGAGUUCGCCGAAUUUGCUCACAUCUUCAAUACAAUGUGGUGGCGCAACUUACGCAUUGGCAAUUGGCGUUUCUAUUUGGACGAGCUGAUCGCACGUUCUAAGCUCAUCCCAUACAGGGUGUAUGUUGGCACUUCAGGUGAGUUGAGAAUACCGGACACUGGCAGCAACAACAUAACCGCCGACGGAGAUCAUUUAUCGAUUGAGGUCGGCAGUUUAGUGGUACAGCCGCCGGUAUAUAUUUGGUCAUAUUUGAAGUCUCUGAAAGACGACGUGAACGAAGAAUUUGUUGUCAUCGGCUACAAUUCGCCUUAUUUUUACUUGAGGAGCUCAGCAAUAUUCUGCCACGAUAUAUGCGACAAGAUUGACUGGCUGCAGAAAAGCAAAUUUGGCCACACCCGUCUGAUGCCGACCUUCGGAGUUGCAUUCUGCUGUCGCCCAGAAGAGGUGGCGCAGUCUUUCAAGCAAUUUCCAUUAGAUUAGUGCGGCAAAAUAAUUUAAAAGCACUGUAGAAAAUUGCUAACCGUGCGAUGAACUAUAGAAAAUAACGGUUAUCAGUUUCGAAUAAAGAACUAAAAUCAUGUCU